CUGGUCGGCCAACGGAAGGAGUCCUCAGAAAUCGGACCCUAAAAGCACCUCGCAUCAGUCAAUCUCGCAACUUCCACGCGAUAACUACUCGCCUUUGUCUGUUUGGACUUACAACCGACCAAUCGUUCCAGAUUAACUAGUUUUGAGGGCGAUUUCGAAGUUUAAGAGAGAACUCUCCUGUCCCAUGACAAGUUCUUCUUGUGCAAACAAUCAGUGAUGCUUUAUCAUUCUUCACCUAAACUUCAUCACGUACACACAAUGGCUUCUAUCAUGGAACAGAAACCGCAGCAAGCAUCAAGCCGAAUCCUGUACGAUAUUCCAUGCAAGGUGUGUACGGAUCACUCAUCAGGCAAGCAUUAUGGAAUAUUUGCUUGCGAUGGUUGCGCUGGGUUCUUCAAGAGGUCAAUCAGGAGAAAUCGUCAAUACGUAUGCAAAGCUAAGAGUGAAGGAGCCUGUGUCGUGGACAAAACCCAUCGCAAUCAAUGCCGUGCUUGUCGUCUCCAACGAUGUGUUUCUGUUGGAAUGAAUCGAGAAGCAGUUCAACAUGAGAGAGGACCUCGAAAUAGCACUCUGCGGAGACAAAUGUCUUUGUUUUUCAAAGACCAAGGAAGCGGAAUCGACUCAGAAACCGGACUCCCACAAAAUAGCAGUAGCAAUCUCAUGGAUUGCUCUCCUACCAGCAGUCCCCCAACUAUGCCUUCCCACUCACCGGGGUCUGGGAUCACAGAGGGUCUUGGCUCAAGGACUGCAUUGGGUCCUAUGCCACCCGGAUCCAGCCCAAUGCUGCACCAUUACAACGUAGAUCCAGCCAUGACCACGAUUCCCAUCAAUCUGAAAGCCUCCUUAUCCCAUUUAUUCACGGGCCCCAGGAAUUUGGGGCCAUUUCGACCGCAAGCUGGACUGAUUGCACCCACACCCCGUUACAUGCCGCGAUUGGGCUUGUCAGGUAUGGUACAUCCCAUGCCGCCCAGCCCAGAACACACCUCGCCUCAGCAUCACCCUCAAUUGCCGCCAUUUUCUUAUCACCUACACUCGAUGCUUUCAAACUCGAAUCUUGGGCUUUCCGAAACGGCCGCCCGAUUACUUUUUAUGAAUGUGAGAUGGACAAAACAUGUACCAGCCUUCACCUCACUUCCAUAUCGCGACCAGCUCAGUUUAUUAGCAGCCUCGUGGCGGGAAUUAUUUGUUCUGAGUGCAGCCCAAUUCGCCUUGCCCAUUGAGUUGGCCGCCAUGAGUGGGGAGUCCUUGAAGGUUGAAGUCUUAGCUGAAUUAAAGUCCUUCCAAGAAGCCAUCAAGUCGUUCCAAACCUUGCACGUGGAUCCCACUGAGUACGCAUGUCUUAGGGCAAUUAUUCUCUUCAAAACGAGUGUAGAAAAUAACGGAAACGAUGCCUCGCCAAAAAAUGAAUUGAGAGACCAAUCUGCGAUAACUGCCCUUCAGGAUCAAGCCCAACUAACUCUUUCCAAGUACAUUGCUUCCAACUAUACUUGUCAGCCAUCCCGUUUUGGAAAGCUAUUACUUCUUUUACCAGGACUGCGAACAAUUUCAUGCAAUACCAUUGAACAUUUGUUCUUUCGGAGAACAAUCGGGACAAUUCCAUUGGACAAGAUUAUAUGCGACAUGUUCAGAUCCGGCGAGGAUAUACCAGAAUAAAUGUUAGGUUUAAGUUAACAUGUAAAUGAUCUCGCAUUUUUUCUCCUAAUUUGUUGAAACAUUGCUCAGCGUGCAUGCAAAUUGAAAAACUAACUUUGAUACAAAAUUAUUUUAAAGAGCUCUAUU